CGUCAUUCAGUAUAUUAUGCAAGUAAUGUCUUUGAUAUUAUGACAUUUCAAGAAAAAUCGUAUAUAUCUAAGAUAUUGACAUUUAAGUUAUUUGUCAUCCCGAUCAGAAUUAUAAAAAUAAGAAAAUUCCAUAAUGGCCAGCGAAUGUAAAGUAAAAAAACCUCAACUCCAUGGACUUCUUAAGAAAAGGGCCAUAAGAAGUAUAUAUAAUGCCGUUAUUAGUGCUGCUAUUGCAGGCUUUUUAUUCAGAAUGGUGGUAUGUUCACCACGACAACAAGCAUACAAAAAAUUCCAUGAAGCUUAUGAUGCAAAUGCAGAAUUUGAGAAAAUCAGAAUGACGGGGGUUUUUGAUUCCUGUUAACUUCUGUCCAAAAUCAUAUUGGAAUCAUUCAUACGAAUAAUUAGCUUUAUUUUGUAAUUUAUUGAUACAAAAAUAUAUGUAAGUACAUAUUU